UUCACGUUUCCUUUGUUCAGCAUACGUCAACAAAUAUGAUACAUUGUGUUUGACUUUAACGGCAGUAAAGAGAAAACAGACACUCUGACUAACCGAAGAAGAAGAAGAAUGCUCACCAGUGAAGUCGAGCAAGCGGGCUAUUUGAAAACGUAAACUCGUCUUUUCCUGCUCGCGUUUUCAAUCCCGCAAACAUUUUCCGUCAUGCCGGGCAAACUGCCGAGACUCAAGCAAAGAGUCAAAUCCAAGAUGAAGACUAACAUUAAUGUGAGGCCGGCGUCGGGAUCAAUGAUGGAGCUCCUCGCUGUGCUUUUCCUCAACAAUUUGGCCCAAGAAGCAAAAGCCAAAGCGUUUGAGGAGAGAUCCGCAACGAUUCGGGCCCACCACGUCAAAGCAGUCGUCAAGAGGGUGCUGAAAAAUGCCAGAGGAUGAAGACCAUGUUUUUAUAAUCAUUUCGCCCACCGGGAAGUCCUUUAUUUUUUUCCGUCUGCUUAUCUAAUGGUGCUUCACUUAGAUUUUCUCAAUUCAAAUGAUCUGUUCCUUCCCUUUUUGCUUUAACUUUGUGUAAUAUUCUUCAAUGUCUCAACUCAUCUGUUUUCUGUUGUGUAUUUUGUUCGAAUACGUAAUAUUUUCUGGUGAUGUGUUUGAUGUCCAGCUGGAAUUUAUAAGGGUAUUAUUCAUUUCUGGGGGUGUUUGAAAGUCUCCUUUUUAGCCGUACUGUCAAAUCAUAAAAUACUGUUUUUCUUCUUCUUUAUUUUCCUAAUGUAGUGUAUUGUAUAUUGUCAUAUGAUAAGAAAACCUUUAUUUGUCUCACAAUGGAGAAAUUUGCAAUUUACAGCACCAACAUUGAAAAAUAUAGUUUUCCCUAUUAUGUGUCUCGUAAAUGUCAACUGUCUCCUAAAACUCCAACCUUUUGAGGAAUAGCAUGUAUUGUAUUGACUAAUUGUGUACAUAUGCAACUGACCUUCAUUUUUGUAAUAAAAAUAAAUCUAUAAAUAAAAACAAU